UUCCUGCAUCCUGCCGGGUCGGUUGCGAGGUCUCCGGCGCCGGCUUUGCUCCGGAGAGGAAGAGUGUUUUUUUGUUUUUGUUUUUUUCAGCAGAGGAGAAAAUUCCGAAACGUGGGGGAAACAAUAGUUCGGAUUGAAGCGAGACGGGUAAACGACGACAGGGAUUGUUCCAAACAGGAGGCGGCGGCGUCAGUCUUUUUGAAAGUGUGUUUCAGAUAACAGCAACUAAUCACCAGAAUGGGAGUGAAUGACUUGUGGCAGAUUUUGGAGCCUGUUAAGGAACACCUCUCCUUGCACAGUCUCGCUGGGCAGACCCUCGCAGUCGACCUGAGCCUCUGGGUGUGUGAGGCCCAGACAGUCAAAAGAAUGAUGGGAACAGUCACGAAGCCCCACCUCAGGAACUUGUUUUUUCGUGUCUCAUUUUUAACAUUAAUGGAUGUAAAACUGGUGUUUGUUAUGGAAGGGGAGCCCCCGAAGCUGAAAGCUGAUGUCAUAAACAAGAGGAAUCAGAUUCGGUAUGGACCUUCUGGGAAAACAUGGUCUCAGAAAACAGGGAGAUCACAUUUUAAAUCAGUCUUAAGAGAGUGCCUCGAUAUGCUGGAAUGCUUAGGAGUUCCAUGGGUUCAGGCUGCCGGGGAGGCGGAAGCCAUGUGCGCGUACCUCAGUGCCAGUGGCUGUGUGGAUGGCUGCCUCACCAAUGACGGGGAUGCCUUCCUCUACGGGGCACAGACUGUGUACAGGAAUUUCACUAUGAAUACAAAGGAUCCGCAUGUUGAUUGUUACACGAUGUCGGCUAUUGAGAGUAAACUGGGCUUGAAUAGAGAUGCUCUGGUUGGGCUAGCAAUUCUCCUUGGCUGUGAUUAUCUUCCAAAGGGAGUCCCUGGAGUUGGAAAAGAGCAGGCGUUAAAACUCAUACAGAUUUUGAAAGGGCAAAGUUUACUUCAGAGGUUUAAUGAGUGGAAUGAAAAAUCUUGUUACUCUGAUCCACAGCUACUAGUUGGUAAAAAACUGGCUUAUUGCUCUGUGUGUGCCCAUCCAGGUUCAACUAAGGAUCAUGAGCGUAAUGGAUGUAAAUUAUGUGGAAGCGAUAGCUGUUGCGUGCCACGUGAUGGGGAGUCCUGCUGUCCCAGCGAGUGGUGCUGCACAGAGAGUGACAGGCAACUGAGUGCAGUAGAGAACAGUGUUAAGAAAAAAGCUUGCAGUUGUGAAGGCUUCCCAUUCCACGAGGUUAUGGAAGAAUUUCUUUUGAACAGAGAUAAAUUGGUGAAGGUAAUCAGGUAUCAAAGACCUGAUAUAUUAUUGUUUCAGAGAUUUACCCUGGAAAAAAUGGAGUGGCCCAAUCACUAUGCAUGUGAAAAAUUGUUGGUGCUUUUGACCCACUAUGACAUGAUAGAAAGAAAACUUGGUAGAAGGAACUCGAAUCAACUACAGCCAAUUCGAAUUGUUAAGACCCGAGUCAGAAACGGAGUUCAUUGCUUUGAAAUAGAAUGGGAAAAGCCUGAACAUUAUGCCACAGAAGAUAAACAGCAUGGAGAGUUGGCUGUACAAACAAUAGAAGCAGCAGCAUUGUUUGAAGCGGCCUAUCCUGAGAUUGUUGCUAGUUACCAAAAACAAAAGUUAGAAAAUAAAGGGAAGAAACAGAAAAGUAUGAAAAUUAAGCUUAAAGAAAACUAUGUGCCUAAAGAAUCAGAUGAUGUAAUGAGUAUUCAGUCACACAUGACUUUAAAACCCACAGGUGAAUUCUUUCCUAAGCAGAAUUACAAGUUAAAUUUGAAAAUUUCUCCUGAUUCUAGAUUGCCCCAGGAAUCUAUUUCUGAGUCAAUGAAUAGCUUGCUUUUGUCUGAAGAUGCUUCCUGUUUGGAUACACAUGAAGUAUUAGUGUCUUCUCCAAGCCCUUUGGCUGUACAUCAAAUUAAAACUGUCAGUAAGUCUAUAAUUUCAGAAUCUAGUCAUCCCAACAUUUCAUUUCAUAAUGUAUCUGUGGUUACUGAUCUACAUUUGAGCACCAUUGACUGGGAAGGUACUUCUUUCAGUAAUUCUCCAGCUAUUCAAGGGAAUACUUUCUCUUAUCAGUCAAAGUCAGAACUUAAAACAGCUGUCACCAAUAGCUCUGAAAAUAUGCCAGAACAAUUGUCAUUUGCAUCAGAGUGGUGUGCCACACACAUCAAUAAAGUGUUAGAUGGGAAUCUUCAAAAGGCUAGUGUUGAAGAGCAUCUACUUUCCAGCAUUACUGAUUCACAUCUUCAGAAUUUGCCUUUAAAGGAACGAAUACGUAUAAAAGCAUCAUAUACUCUGGAAAAUGUUCAACCAGAUGUUGACCUGAGAACUUCGUCCCUAUGUGAGAUGAAAGAACCUUGUAUUGUUGACGGCAUUUCUGCAUGUCCACCACACCUUUCAAAGGAUCUUCCAGGAAUUCAUUUGCAAAAUGAAUCCAGAAACUCGAAAGUUCUAAAAGGAGACCAGCUAUUUCAAGAAAACUGUAAAAUGAAUACUUCUAUACCUCAUUCUGUCAGUAACUCAGUAGUAAAGACCUCCAGUGUUAGACUUGGUCCAUCAAAUACUUUAAAUCAUGGCAGAAAAGUUGAUGUCCAAACCACUCGGAGAAUUGCAAUGAAGAAGACCGUUUGCCUUGACAGACAUUCCUCUGAUGAAGAAAGUGUCCCAGUAUUUGGGAAAGCUAAGUCCACAACUGAAAAAGUAAAGCAAUGUUCUCAGAAGUAUAACCCAUUCCAAUUCAAGAAAAGUAACACUAGCAAAUUGAGUAACCCUAAGAUACAUGUUAAAGAAAGUGAGCCGUGUGUCCAGGCUUAUAAAAUAGCUGGAAAUGAAAAAAAGUGUUCCCUAGAUCCAGCACAAAGUUCUCUGAAUUUUCUGCAGAGUCAUAAAGAAAAAGAUGACUCUGGUACUUCUUUGGAUAGUCCUCUUCCUCUAUGUCAGAGAUUAAAACUAAGGUUCCAAAGCACUUGAAAUUAAAUUUAAAAUAUUUAAGAAUAAUUUAUUUUCCUAGUACUGUCAGCAUUAGCAAUGUUUGGUAGAAAAGCGUAAUGUGGUUCUAUAUGUCAAGAAACACUUUUGCCAUUUUAACCAAAAUUGUAAUAAAAACUGUUGCUUAAAACCUCAGUUUUAAAAUAUUAUCCUCUGUGGUGAAAAACUUCAGAUAAUGUAUUUUUACCACACACACUUUUACCGUUUUUUAUAGCCUCAAUGGUUAGUCUUUGGUUGUAGCUUUAAAUGUUACCAUGGUACUAGCCAGUAAAUAUUUCAUAUUUGUGUUCAUUUUUACUCAUUCCUUCCAGAAGCCUGUAGUAUUUAUUUAUACUUUGGCUUGUUCAUCUAUUAAUGCUUUUCCUGAGAGUUCUGUUUUCUCCCAGUGUGCAAAUACCUUUAGUGUCCUCUUCCAGAUUUAGUAUCCUUAUUCUCCUUUGUGAAGGGCAAAAGUGGAAAAGGAAAGAGGGUGAACAAUGUGUGUAGUAAAAAUCAUGGUUUUCAAGGCAGAAAAAACUGAGAAAAGCUACUCCUUAGAUAUCCCCACAAGUUCAUGGAGUAUGAAAUGGAAAAAUAUUUGGAAAAUAGAACUUGAAAUUGUGAGAGGAUUAGAAACUUCCUUAAGAGUCACAUACAGCUAGGUCACAGUGAUGUGGGAACUAGAACCCAGUUUUUUGCUUUCUUUUUCUUCUCUAUCACUUUUUUCUUUCCCUAACUUUUGUUCAUAAAAAGUGAAUCUAUAUAUGAUGUAUUGACUUUAUAAUCCUUCCAAGUAUUCAGUUGAAAUUAAAUGCUUAAUUUAAUUAGCAUUCCAGAAACUCUAGAGGCAUCCAGAUUAGAAAGGAAAAAAUAAAACUGUCUCUAUUUCAGAUGAUACAGUCCUAUACAUAGAACACCAUCAGGAAUCCACUAAAAGAAGAAUCGAAUAAGUACAGCAAGGUUGCAGAACACAAGAUCAAUAUAUGUAGAAAUCAGUUAUGUUUUAUGCAUCUGCAAUGAAUCCCAAAAUGAAAUUAAAACAGUAUCAUUUACAACAGGAUCAAAAGGAACAGAAUGUGUGGGAAUGAAUUUAACAGAAGUAUAAAACAUACACUCUGAAAACUACAAAAUAUUGUUGAAAGAAUGACUAAAUAAAUGGUAAGACGUCCCAUGUUCCAUGUUGGAAGACUUACUAUUGUCAGGAUGGCAGUGCUCUCCCUAGAUUCAGUGCAGUCCCUAUCAAAAUGCCAGCUGGCUUCUUCGCAGAAAUUGACAAGAUGAAUCUAGAAUUCAUAUGGAAUUUUAAGGGACCCAGAUUAGCCAAAACAAUCUUGAAAAGAAAAAUUGAAGGACUCACCCACCCUGAUUUCAAAACUUAUACUACAGGGCUACAGUAAUGAAAACUGUACUGACAUAAGGAUAGACAUGUAGUGUUAAUGGACUAGAAUUGAGAGUCCAGAAAUAAGCCCUUACCUUUAUGGUCAACUGAUUUUCAACAAGGGUGCUAAGACAGUUCAAUGGGGAAAAAAAUAGUCUUUCAACAAAUGGUGCUGAGACAACAGAAUAUUCACGUGCUAAAGAAAUAAGUUUGAACACUGUCUCACACUAUAUACAAAAAUCAACUCAAAAUGGAUCAAAAACAUGGUUGUAAGCACCAAAUCUAUAAAACUCUUAGAAGAAAACAUAGGCAUAAAUCUUCAUGAACUUGGAAUAUGCCAAGGAUUUCUUAAAUAUGAUACCAAAAGCUGUACAAGGUACAGGAAAAAAUAAAUGUGACUUCAUCAAAAUUCAAAGCUUUGUGCAGAAUCAUCGAGAAGGUGAAAAUACAGUUCACAGAAUGGGAAAAAGAGAACAUUUGCUAAUCACAUGUAAGAAUUUGUAUCUAGAACACAUGAAGAACUCUUACAGCUCAAUAAAGACAAUGACUUAAAAAUGGGCAAAGGAUCUGAAUAGAUAUUUUUCUAAGAAAUAUGUAUAAAUGUCAAGCACAUGAAAAAAAUUCUCAAUAUCAUUAACCAUUAGGGAAAUGUAAAUCAAAACCAUGAUGACCUACCACUUCACACCCAUUAGGAUGGUUAUAAUAAAGGACAGCUAAGUGGUGGAGAGGAUUUGAAGAAAUUGGAGGAACCCUAUCCCUGCUUAUUCGUGUUAGUAGGAAUGUAAAAUGGGGCAUCCACUGUGGAAAAAAAUCUGGUAAUUCCACAGAUUAGUAGACAUAGAGUUACCAUAUGACCCAUCAGUUCCUGUCCUGGGUAUACAAACAAGAGAAAUGGAAAAAAAAUGACCACACAAAAGCUUGUGCACAAAUGUCUGUCAUCUGAUGAAUGAAUAAACAAAAUGUUGUAUAUCCA